AAAAAAAAAAAGAAAGAAAGAAAGAAAGAAAAGAAAAGCAUUGAACCUAAAUGUAGGUGAGAAGUUCCCUGGAUGGGAGUGAAGGAUAAAAAUACAAUGAGAGCAACUAUACUUUGAGGAGGGAUGGAGAGAAGAGGGGAGGGGAGAGGAGAUAGGAGAGGAAGAAAGGGGAUACGGGAAAGGAAGGGAAGGAAGGGAGGGAGGGGGAGGAAAAGAGAGGGAAAUAAAAAUUUAAUCAGAUCCCUGGUUAUUUUUGGCUCCCAGAGAUGUCACAUGAGCAAGACAGAGGGGGAUGUGGUCAGCUGAAAAGCCGCCUCUCUUCACUACCCCCACCGGGCCCAAGCAAACAUUUCAGCGCUGCACUGCGCCCCGUGAACUGCUGUUUGUUAAAUGACUGGUCCUCGUCCAGUGUGUCCCACGGUGUAUUGCUCACAGCAGUGAGCCACAGCAGCCCCUACGGUAACCAAACUCAUUCCCACCCCUUCCUGACCAUGCGAGAAAUCAUCCUUUUGGAAACAGGGCGCUUCUCUGGGAACCAUAACCGUGGGGGGACCCGCCCUCCUGGCCUUGGAAAAAGCCCACAUCUAGGGGGCAGAGAAAGGGCAGGAAGGAAGGCGACGAGUAGUAAAGAAGCCUUAAUGCUGCUUCCCACCGGGGUGGAGAAGCAAGUCUAAGCUGGGCGGUCUCACCCGGCAGGACUUAGUGAGUCCCCAGAGGUCAUGAAGGUGAUGCUCCCGGCGUGGUCCUGGGCCCACAGCAAGCAACUUCACCUGGGGACCUGUUCGAAAUGCAAAUCGCCUUGGCCCCACCCAGCCCUCCACCGUGGGAAUCAGCGGAGACGGGACCUGGCCCUGCGCUUUAACAAGCGGUCCAGGUGCGCCUCGGCAGGAGGAGGAGGAAGGGAAGGCCGAGCGCAACGCGGAAAGGAGGGCCUCUCCUUUAAGACCGAGUAGACGGCGCCCUGCUGGCCCUGCGCGAGCCUCGCAGUGGGCGACGGCGCUCAGCCGCCGGGACCCCGGCUCCCGCCACCGGCGGCAUGAACCUCAGCAGCACGAGCAGCGCGGCCGAGAGAGUGUCCAGGGUCAUGCUCUGGGGCUGUGAGCUAAACCAGGAGAAGCGGACUUGCACGGUCAAAGCCCAGAAGGAGGGGAAGCAGGACUGUAAGCUGCUGCUCAGUACGAUAUGCUUGGGGGAGAAAGCCAAAGAAGAGAUGAACCUCGUGGAAAUCCUGCCGCCAGCCUGCCAGGAAGGCAAGAAGACCAAGCCCAUCACCAUUGCCUCGCUUCAGGCCUCCGUGCUACCCAUGGUUGUCUUCAUGGGAUUGGAGCUUUCUCCUCCAGUCACUUUCCAGCUGCGGGCUGGCUCUGGACCUGUGUUCCUCAGUGGCCAGGAACGUUACAACCUACCCUGGGAAGAAGAGGAGGAGGAGGAGGAGGAAGAAGAGGAAGGUGACAGCGAGGAGGUUGAUGACGACGACGACGACGAUGAUGAUGAUGUAGAUGUGUCCCUAGAGGAGAACACCCCUGUUAAACAAGUCAAGAGGCCGGCAUCCCAGAAGCAGACAAGCAUUGCCAAGAAAAAAAAGGUGGAAAAAGAAGAGGAGGCAGUGAGAUCCAGUCUUAAAGACAAGAGUCCUGUGAAAAAGGCCAAACCCACAUUCAAACCUAAAAAGCCCGGAUCCAAGAAAUGAGGGGCCAGGAGGGUCCUGGCUGCAGUGACCGAGGGAGAGCCAGCUAGAGCACCAUGCAGGCUGGCCUUCCUUCCUUGGCACGUUCUGCAGGUUCCCCCCACCACCAGCCUCUCUCCAUCUGAGUCUGAAUGGGAUGGAGCUAUUAGGAGCGACACAAGAGACCCUCAGCCCAACGCAAUUUUCAGCAGGACCUGGAGGGAAACUCCAGCCUCAGGGCUACAAUAAAGUUUGCUUUGCCAGGACCUUGUUUCUGCCAUCUGUUCGCAGAGGCCUGCCUUCUUGAUGCAGUGAGCCCGUGUGCCCGGCAGAGGGCGACCAUGUGCCAGCUGGGUACUGCGCAGCUCUUCUCUCCCUCUCUUGUCCUCUAACUCCCACCUCCCCCCAGUUUUGUUGUGGGGGGAACCAAGUAUCUCAACCCCUUACCCAGCUUCAGCUCUCUGCCUCCGGCCUGAGGGAGCUCCAGCUGGUGUGGGUCUUCCUGUGUCCACACUCCCUUGUGGCUGGCCAGUUUUCCAGGUACCAAACCAAAGGGCGAGAGCCGCCCACCCUGCCAGGAAGGGCCUUGUCCCCCGUCAGACUAGCCUGAGGAUUUCUCCUGGCCCUGAUCACGUCUGUCGGUUGUCAAAUACACAAGACAUCUGGUGGAACCCAGGAGGGGGGAUGCUAGCCAUGCACUCCCAGGCUUGCCUCCUGCUCAGGGUGGGCUCCUGCUCAUUUGUGUGAUUUGUGUGAAGCUCUGUGUCAGGCGAGAGCCCAGAGGCCUGUACCUCCAAGGAGACCCUUCCAGGCGGGGCACGUGAGUGAGGCAGGCUGUAGAGGGUCUCUCACAGGGGUGGAUGGGUGAACACUCUUAACCCCCGUGUGAGGAGGCUUCCCCCAGGACAGCUCCCGGAACCACGGAACAGGGUUCCCCAAAGUGUUUGGAAUAGCAAGGGGGUGAAUGACCCGAAGCCUGGGUCACCCAUCGUGACACACAGAUGGCCCCCUACUUGGGCUUAAUGCUCUCAGGCCCUCUGACUUCUCCCUGGCCCUCCCCUACACCCCUACCAACCAAACCUAAAGUGGGCCAAUAGGGAGAUGGUCCUGCCUCUCUCCAGGAUCCUGAGGCAGGGCCCCGGAAGGUGAGAGGCUGGCACGGGAAGGUCAGCAAUCAGGCUUGCGUGUCCAUGUUCAGCCUCAGUUUCUCUCAAAGCCAGAAGAGAUGGAGGAGGUUAGGGCUAGCCUUCUUGCUUUUUGCUGUCUAUAUCCCCUGGGAAAGAUGUGGGCAUCACCCCACCCUUUAACAAAUGAGAAUGAGCCACUGACCUCGGGUUA